UCAUAUCCGGCGGAACUUGUUUACCUUCAUAUUGCACAACCGCUAUUAACCUAAUAAUUGCAAGGGAUUGCGUUUAAACACCAAUCUAUAUAAAUUUUAACUUUCAGUUAUUAACAUAGUACACAAGCAAAAUGAGCGACUGGGACGAUGCGAUUAAUGCUGCCCAACGUCAAGGAGCGUCUAUCGAUACAUCGAAAAAAUUUGGUGCCGCCUCGAAUAAACAACACUCGGCGAACAAGAAUACGGCUAAAUUGGACCGGGAAACUGAAGAACUUCAUCACGAUAAGUUGGACAUAGAUACCGCUAAAAUGAUUCAAAAAGCUAGACAAAAUAAGGAGCUAACCCAAAAAGAAUUAGCUGCAAGAAUUAGUGAGCGUCCUCAAAUCGUAAAUGAGUACGAAUCCGGCAAGGCAAUCCCAAAUCAGCAAAUACUAACAAAAUUGGAAAGGGCACUCGGUGUUAAACUACGCGGCAAGGACAAGGGAAAGCCUCUGGUUCUUACAGCCAAAAAGUGA